UUUGUGUCGUAUGGGUAGAGCCACCCCUGUGUAAACAUCAUUUACAACCAUUUACAUCUUCUCGAUGUAUUGAUAAUUUGACUUAACUAUAAAUUGGCUAUGUUACCCAACUACUCAAGCCUUACUUUCAACUUGCCAAAUUGAAUCGUAAUCGAAUGAAAUCACGUUUUAUUUUGAAAGCUAGAGGUUAGUUUCCAAAGAACGAUUACGUUUCCAACGUACGACUACGUCAUUGUAAUACAUCUAUACAGAUAAAAUCUGAUAUAGUGUACGCAUCCAACUCGCGGAUUGGUUAGAAACGACAAAACGUGCGUUGCAUUUACUUCGGUGAAGCGAUUUGAUUUCAAUUUGCGAAGAACGUCGAAAGAAAGUUAAUAAUGAAUAAAAGCUGAAACCUUUGAAUGAAAACUCAACGUGCUUAGAAAUUGUUCGACCAUAAUUUUAGAUAUCUAUCGUCGUGUAUUUGAAAUACACGUAAAAAACAAACAUGAGUUUCACCUUAGAUAGUUCGAAGCGACAGACAGCUACUACAUGUGCGAGUAAUGCUCCGAAUACAACUUUUACAUUCGGAGCUACCGGCGCAGGAGAUGCAGGAAAAUCGACAGGAUUUUCGUUGACUUCGACACCUGUGCAAAAUAAGCCUGGCACUAUGUUUGGUACCGGAUUAAAUACGACGCCUGCUCAAGGUACAGGAUUUAGUUUUGGAACACCUAACAUUGCUCCUACAAGUACUACAACUCAGCAAACACCUGGGAUAUCCUUUGGUAUGGGUACGAUUGUGAGUACCGGUGUAACUCCCGGUACAGCCAGUACCAUAGCAUCUACAGGAUUUCCUACUACAGCUCCAGCUGGAAGUACUCUAGGGUUUAGCUUAGGAGGUAGUACCACUGCUACAACAACAACUGUACCUACAUCAGGUUUCGUGACUAAGCCAAUUACCAGUGGAUUCUCCUUGGGAGGUGGCGAAGCCACGUCGUCCGCCCCUACAACUGGUUUAACGUUCGGCACUCCGAAUACGAUGACAGCGGGAACAGGAUUUACUCUUGGCGCAGCAUCUACCGCAACAACAGCAUCGACCACAACUACGCAAGCGACAGGUUUCGCAUUAACCACAACUGGUACAACCUCUGUAGGUACAGGAUUUGCUUUCGGUACAGGCACAACUGCAGCUAGUACAACAGGAUUCUCUUUAAACAAAACGUCUGCCGCUCCGAGUCUUACAACUCCGAGUACUCAAUUAUCGUUGGGGACGACUACUACCGUUAGUUCAUCUGCAAAUGCGAGUCAACCGGCAUCCAUAAACUCAUUCGAAGAGUCUAUCAAUAAAUGGACUUUAGAACUGGAGGAACAAGAAAAAGUAUUUGUUAAUCAAGCUGCGCAAGUUAACGCUUGGGACAAAUUGCUUAUAACUAACGGAGAAAAAAUAGUAGCGCUCAAUCAAGAAGUUGAAAGAGUGAAAAUUGAACAGCAACAAUUGGAACACGAGUUGGACUAUGUGGUUGGUCAACAAAAGGAAUUACAGGAUUGUUUGGUACCACUGGAAAAGGAAUUAGAAUCUCUCUCAGUUUCCGAUCCUGAGAGAGAAUACACGUAUCGUUUAGCGGAGGAACUCGAUACACAAUUGAAAUGUAUGUCGGAAGAUUUGAAGGAAAUCAUCGAGCAUUUGAAUCAAGCUAAUCGUACUCAAGAUUCUAGCGAUCCAAUCGUUCAAAUUGGUAAAAUAUUGAACGCGCACAUGAACAGUUUGCAAUGGUUAGACCAACAGACAAAUCUACUAAAUCAAAAGAUACAACAAAUCGAUCAAAUGCAUCAAAAUUUUAGACAAGAAAAUGAACGAAAUUUAAGCCUAGCGUAUAAUUAACUUUAAUUAUAUCAUCAUUCGAUAAACGUUCAAAGAGAAAUGUAUCGAUUUCUUUUGUCGGGAGGAGUAAAUUUUGUACCGUUUGUUUUUAUGUAUUUAGGAAAAUAAAACACAAGCCGAGCAGUUGUAUAAAAAAUAAAUAAUAUGUAUUAUGUUAGAGUGA